UUUCAAUCUCGUUUAAGGAACGAUACGUGAUGGACAACGUUAUGGAUCAUUGCAUUAUUGAGCAAAUGCUAAAGCGCCCGUUUGCCGCCAGAACCAUGGAAGAAAAAAUUAAAGUUAUUGGACAUCCGGUUCCUCGUCCACCUAUGGAACAAUUAAAAUCCACGUAUAAGUUGAAGGGGAAAAUUAUGUCCCGCAACUUUAAUGUGUCAUCGUAUGACCAGCAAUGGCUGUGUGGAUCGGCGAAAUUAAAUAAACUUUUCUGCUGGCCAUGUUUGCUUUUCCGUAGCGCCAAUGAAAAAAAUGUUUGGAGCAAGGAAGGAUAUAGUGAUCUGAAUCACCUUUCUGCGUCAAUUAAAACGCAUUCGAGCUCUAAAGAUCACAUAAACAAUUCACUUGCCUUAUCGAUGUUCGGGCAAAUGAGGAUAGACGAAGCACUUGACCAUAGCCGGCAGAUCGCCCGCAAUAAGCAUAACGAAGAAGUAACGAAAAACCGGAAGGGUAUGCGAACUUUAAUUGAGAUCACCUGUUUCCUUGGCACUCACGGUCUCGCCUUUCGCGGACAUUAUGAAUGUUCCGAUUCCACGAACAGAGGAAAUUAUAAAGACCUCUGCACGUUGAUCGCCGCCAGGGAUCCAGCGUUCCAGGAUUUUAUAAAUAAUAAAGUUUUCAGCGGAACGUCGGGAGGAAUUCAGAACGAGCUUAUAGAAUGCAUUGAAAGCUACAUGCUUCAAACAAUUAAAAGAGAAGUUCUUGAUGCUGAGUGCGUGUCCAUUAUGAUGGAUGAAUCAACAGAUUCGGCUCGGUUAUCGCAACUAUCUUGUACUCUGCGCUACUUACGACCCGAUGGAACACCAGUUGAAAGGCUCGUUAGAUUGGCAGACGUUAGCAGUGACAAAACCGCCGCUGCGUUGGCCGGACACGUUGAUGAAAUCGUCAAGGCUUGCCUCGCUUCUAUCGAAGAGCUCAAAGCAGAGCAUCAUUUCUACAGAACGCUUAAUGAUGCAAUUGAUGUUUCUGGCGAAACGAUCACUGAUAGCAACGGUAUCAAUUAUCGUCCCAUAUAUGACUUUAUCAUUGACAAAAUUAUCGACGAAAUGUCUAAACGAUUCAAAGAACUAGAUGAAUACAAAUUCAUCAUUUUGUUGAAUCACGAAAAAUUUGCCGAAUUCAAUGUCACAUUCCCUACAAUGAAUUUGAAAAUGCUUAUUUCGUACCAUUCUAAAUUCGAUGAAGCGAAGCUGUAUAAUGAGCUGACCGUUCUUUACUCGCGCGAAGAGUUCAGAGGCAAAAAUAUAUUGUAUUACAUUUCGUUUAUCCUUGGACAAAACCUGCAUCAAACUUUCUCCGAAACGCUUCGGCUGGCCAGAAUGAUACUGACAUUGCCUAAUACAACGGCGUCCGUCGAACGAACGUUUUCGGUUCUCCGACGGAUCAAAAAUUAUUUGCGGUCUAAAUCGGGGCACAAUCGAUUAUUUGGUAUUAUGAUGAUGGCUGUGGAGAAAGAUUUACUCCAUGAGAUGAUGCUGACGCCAUUAUUUUACGACGAUAUUAUCGACAAGUUUGCGUUAGAAGUAAACCGAAGGAUUCCUUUGUUAUAUGAAUAA